ACUCGGAGUUAGACGACGAACGAGACGCUUUCCCUUCUCUCCGCCACUCUCCUUUUCUACUCCCUCUCCCUUUCUCUCUCUCUCUCUCUCUCUCUCUCGAGCACCGCUGAGACAGACCAUUCCUUCCCCGCUGUGCCAGCUCUUCCGGGACCCUAGGCUGCAGACGCUGCUCUGUCACUGCUGGUGACCUCCUCGAUACGGUGUAACAGAGCGCUAUAAAGUUCUCGUCAGUAGAAUGGGUAAGACUAUACUCGUACGCGGAUUCUCUUCAUUAGUGACGAAUGAUACAGUCAGGAAAUUCCUGGAGCAAAAGACCGGGAAAGAUACUGUUGACGCCAUCAAGGUUAGACCAAACAAACGUGAGGAUGGAUCCCAUGCUUAUGUCCAGUUUAUCGACCCUGAAUAUGCUGAGUCGAUUAUUUCAUCGGCUAGUCAAGGUUGGUGGUAUCAGUGUUCUUGUUUGACUGUAUGCAAGGCUAAUUACGAUAUUAUGCAGAAGCCAAGAACCCUUUGGCAUUCGAUGGAAGGUAUAGCUCUGCAUUUUGGCUGUCAGGUAUCAGCUAAAAGGUUCUCUAGACUGUGGACAGGGGCGAAUGUCACUGUGAAUUUCGGAACGAAGCGGAGAAAAUUCUGCUUUUUUGUGUCUCAUUUCGAUGCGGACUAUAAGCUCGAGUUAUCCUACGAAAACAUCUGGCAGAUGGAGCUACACCGUCCGAGAGGCCGUGGGGCAAUGCAUCUCGUGAUUCAGCUGUAUGGGGCUCCUUGUAUUCAUAAAAAAGUUGUUCAGCAUUCGGAAUCGGAGAAUAUCUGGGGCAGUCCUCUCUACAACUUUUUCAAAGAUGGUUCUGAUGACCAGUGGGUUAGAGCGACUGAUUUUACUUCAUUGGCUUGCAUUGGACAGUCAUGUGCUGUCUGUUUAGAGAUUCCUCGGGAAUGCACGGUUCCAGAUUUUCAUGAAAACUUUGUCAAUUAUAAGGAAACCGAUGGAACAUUGUAUAUGGAAGUUGGUUCUCCUUUCUCCUCCAGUGCGGAUCUGGUUCCAAUCGUAGGCCCUCCCAGGGAACUUGACUUGCCGUAUGAGAUUGUCUUUAAGAUCAAUUUGUUAGUUCAGAAUGGCUGUCUAGCAGGACCUUGUCUUGAUUCUUUAUUUUAUCGAAUGGUUGAUACACGGAGGAUAGACAUGGACAUGAUCCUAGAUGCCUUAGACAAACUGUUCCAUAUGAAAGAAUGUUGUUAUGAACCCUCAGAGUGGCUGAUUAAGCAGUACAAGAAAUAUCUCACCUCCCGGCAUUCUACGAAACUGUCUUCAAUAACGUUAGAUGCUGGCUUGGUUUAUGUACAUAGGGUGCAAAUAACACCGUGCAGGGUGUAUUUUUUUGGUCCAGAAAUUAAUGUCUCAAAUCAUGUAUUGCGGAGAUAUUCUCAGUACAUUGACAAUUUUAUCCGCAUUUCUUUUGUGGAUGAGAACUUGGAAAAAAUGCAUUCAACUGAUUUAUCUCCUCACACUGGUUCGAGACAUGGAAGGACGGAUAUAUAUGAAAGGAUCCUUUCUAUACUCAAGAAUGGCAUAAGAAUAGGUGAUAAGGAGUUUGAAUUUCUUGCCUUCUCAUCCAGUCAGUUACGCGAAAAUUCUGCUUGGAUGUUUGCUCCAACAAAUGGUACAACUGCUGCAACUAUCAGGGCAAAGAUGGGUGAAUUCAGAAAAAUAAGAAAUGUUGCAAGAUAUGCCGCAAGAUUCGGCCAAUCCUUUAGUUCAUCUACUGAAACUCUCAAUGUAGAUAGACAUGAAGUUGAAGUCAUUCCGGAUGUUAAAGUCAAAUCACAUGUUGAGGAUAAAUAUUAUAACUUCUCUGACGGAAUCGGGAAAAUAUCUGAAAAUUUCGCUCGGAAAGUUGCAAGAAAAUGUGGCUUCAACGGCUAUACUCCUUCAGCAUUUCAAAUUCGCUAUGGCGGAUACAAAGGUGUUGUAGCUGUUGAUCCGACAUCCUCUGUUAAACUGUCACUCAGAGAGAGCAUGUCCAAGUAUGAAUCGAAUGAGACAAAGCUAAAUGUCUUGGCGUGGAGCAAAUAUCAGCCUCUCUUUCUGAAUCGCCAGUUAAUCACUCUUCUCUCAACGCUUGGCGUUCCAGAUCACGUGUUUGAGAAAAAACAAAGAAAUGCUGUAGAUCAGCUAAAUGCUAUUUUAGUUGAUCCCUUACGAGCACAAGAGGCUCUAGAUUUAAUGUCCCCUGGCGAGAAUGGUAACAUUCUCAAAGAAAUGCUAAAGUGUGGUUAUGAGCCUGAUGCUGAGCCAUUUCUAUCGAUGAUGCUGCGAACAUUCAGAGCUGCAAAAUUGUUUCUUUUACGGACAAAAACAAAGAUAUUUCUUCCUGAAGGAAGAUACAUGAUGGGAUGCCUUGAUGAGACCCGAACUUUACAAUAUGGUCAGGUGUUUGUGCAGUAUUCUGGUAGAAGGAAAAAACAGAUGUGGGAUGAGUCAAUCAUUUUCAUAAGUUCCGACUCAGAUCAAACUGUUGUACAGGGAAAUGUAGUUGUUGCGAGGAAUCCUUGCUUACAUCCCGGUGAUGUUCGUGUUCUAACUGCCGUAGAUGUGCCAGCUUUACGUCAUAUGGUGGAUUGUGUUGUUUUUCCACAAAAAGGAAAAAGGCCGCAUCCCAGUGAGUGUUCAGGGGGUGAUUUGGAUGGAGAUGGUUACUUCGUCUCCUGGGACUCAGAAUUAGUUCCACCUCUCCAGAGCGAACCUAUGGAUUACACACCUGCCCCGAUUGAACAGUUGGAUCACGAUGUCACUAUUGAGGAAGUGGAAGAGUAUUUUGUAAAAUUCAUGCUUAAUGACAGCCUUGGAAUUAUUGCCGACUCCCACACCGCGUUUGCAGAUAGUAAGCCUGGAAAGGCCAUGAGCCCUAAAUGUUUAGAGCUUGCCAGACUUUUCUCUAUUGCUGUCGACUUUCCAAAAACUGGCGUACCUGCUGUGAUACCUCCUAAUCUGUAUGCCAAAGAAUGCCCAGACUUCAUGGAGAAGCCUGACAAGUCCAGCUACCCAUCCAAUAACGUGAUCGGAAAGCUUUUCCGGGAAGUCAAAGAGUUAGCAUAUGCAUCAAGCUCUAUUCGGAAGUUCACGCUGGAAAUGGCGAGGCAAUCUUAUGACCCAGAGAUGGAAGUGGACGGAUUUGAGGAAUAUGUCGACGACGCUUUCUAUCACAAGGGUAAUUAUGAUUACAAGCUGGGUAAUAUGAUGGAGUACUAUGGGAUUAACACAGAGGCCGAAAUACUUAGUGGCUGCAUAAUGAAAAUGUCCAAAUCUUUCACCAAGAGGAGGGACGCUGACAGCAUUACUAGGGCUGUAAAAUCCCUGAGAAAGGAAGCUCGGAACUGGUUUAAUGAUAAGGGAAGUGGUUCAGAUUCUGAGGCUGUCGAUGAAUAUGCAAAAGCAUCUGCUUGGUAUCAUGUCACAUAUCACCCGAGUUACUGGGGUUGCUAUAACGAGGGUCUGAAUCGAGAUCAUUAUCUUAGCUUUCCUUGGUGUGUAUAUGAUAAACUGAUCCAAAUUAAGAAGAAAAGCUUGAAUAACAUUCUUGAAGACCACUUAAGUAGGAUAACUGAUAAUAUGUCCACUCUUGAAGACCACUUAACCCGUGGAUUGUACCUGACAAAUUCCACUCAGAUAUUUUCUUAGUUGGAGGGAGCGGAGUUAUUGUGUUUUUGUGCCUUCUGCAAUGUUUUGGCAACGUUACUCCUAGACUCCUGCUUUUAUUUAGCAAAG